AUGUAUGAGGUGGUGAACUGGCAGAGAGACCAGGCAGCAGAGACAGUGUUUGUCACUCAUUUUCCUUGUACAUUCCUUGUACGUUCCCUGGAACACUGGUCAAACGGAGACAAGAGUCGCUGUGUCCCAAAGGGGGUGGCAUUUCUCUCAUUUGACGAGACCAUGGGAAUCCUCCUGGCUGCAAUCUCAUUGGUCGGAGCGUGUUUGACCACAGUGGUGCCAUUGGUCUUCGUUCACUUCAAAAAGACUCCCAUUGACAGGGCCAACAACUCUGAGCUGAGCUUCCUGGGGAAAACAAUAGUGGUGUUGAUGGCCUUCAGGGCUACACUUCCAGCCAGUAAUGUCAUGAAAUGGUUUGGUCCUCCACAGCAGAGACUCAGUGUUCUGGCUUUCACUCUCAUACAGGUCCUGAUCUGUGUUCUUUGGUUAACAGUCUCCCCUCCUUUCCCAUACAACAAUAUGAAAACAUAUAAGGAAAAUAUCAUUCUAGAGUGUGAUGUGGGUUCAGCUAUUGGUUUCUGGGCUGUGUUGGGCUAUAUCGGACUCCUGUCUCUCUUGUGCUUUGUGCUGGCUUUUCUGGCUCGGAAGCUGCCUGAUAACUUCAAUGAGGCCAAAUUCAUCACCUUCAGCAUGCUCAUAUUCUGUGCAGUCUGGAUCACCUUUAUCCCAGCUUAUGUCAGCUCUCCUGGGAAGUUCACUGUAGCUGUGGAGAUCUUUGCUAUUCUGGCCUCUAGUUAUGGUUUACUUUUCUAUAUAUUUGCUCCAAAGUAUUAUAUCAUAUUACUUACACUUUAUACACACUUUAGUAUUGAGAGGGGUUGGGGAGGAUGUGGGCGUUAG